AAGUUGAUAUUUUUUCCCAAUAUAACAUAAACUAGAAGAAUAUUAUCUGUUGUAUUUAGGAAUAUUUUUUGUAAAUUUAACGAUCAUUUCCAAAAUAUCGGUUCUAAAAGGAGCUUAAUUCUUAUUAACUACCGAAAAACGUCAUUUUGAAAUAUUAAAACAUCAUUGCAAAAUCAUCAGUCGAGAACUUUGAACGGUAAAUCAUUUUAUUCAUUAAAUAACUAAAAUUAAGAUGUUUUAUAAUAUUAAAGAUAUCUAAAAUAUUAUUAGUAUAUUGUACGUUUUGAAGAUUUUAUGGCGCUUUGAAAAUGAAUUAUUUGUUACAAGGAAUUAAGGAUUUAGAAGGUAAAAAUAAUAUGGCAGCAAUAAAGCGCUUUUUCGAGAAACGAAAGAUAGAUAUAAAAUUUAAAAAGCUUGGAGAAGGAAACAAACUUACAGCUGAAGAUGCUAAAUUAGCGGAAGAAGUGAAAAAGGCAAACGUUUCUGAUAAAAAACCUGCUAAGUCAGAACCUGCAUCUAGAAUGGCCGCUCAAGCUGCUUUAUCCAGGCAUAGUCAUCCUAAACCUGGGAGCAGUCUUGGUACUAGUCAUAAAUCUAUAGAGUUACAGGUGAGACGAGAAAUGGAGGCUGAAAGAAGAUCACUAGAAGCUAGAUCUAAAGUUGAAGAGAGAAAGGAAAUUAAAUUAGAUAAACCGACGGUUAUAGAACAAGCCCUUUUUACUUGUCCAAUUAUUGGGCCUGAAAUUCUUCCUCGAGAAGAAAUAUUGGAAAAGAUAAAAGAAUUUCUUUAUCAGCAGCUGGGAGACGAACCGCAAAUAACUUCGGCAAUGAUGAUAUACACCUUGAAUAAAAAUUCGGAAAAAGUUAAAUUGUGUGUUGAAACUAUUUGUAAAUAUAUUGAUAAUAUUAUUGAUAAUCCAACUGAGGAAAAAUAUCGCAAAAUAAGACUUGGUAAUAAGGCAUUCCAGGAAAGAGUCAUCUGUAUUGAAGGGGCGGACACUUUCCUACAGUCAGUUGGAUUUGAAACUAGAUAUUUACCGGGGCCUUCAGGAUCUGAAGAGGAAUUUUAUGUAAUACCUGCCGAGUUAGCCGAAGACCGGGAUCAUAUGCGUUCUACGAAAGACGUUCUCCUUGGCGCAGAACCUAUCAAGCCCGAAUUAGAUAGAAGCAUGAAAAUAUUCCAUUCAAGUCCUCAUGCUCACCAAAUGUCUAUACCCCCUGACUUUUAUGCAAUUUCUCCUGAGGAGAUAAAAAGGGAGCAACAGAGAUUGACAGAAAAUGCCGAAAAGCUGGGAGUUUUAAGAACUAAAGAAAUGAGAGAAAGAGAUAGAAUAAGAGAACUCAGACGUUAUAGAUACAUUUGCAUUCGCAUUCGUCUUCCGGACGGAAUAAUUCUUCAAGGAACAUUUAGAGCUAUCGAAAAGAUGUCAGAUAUAGUUGAUUUUUUGAAAUUAAACAUGGCUUGUUCUUGGCUGCCAUUCCAACUUUUAGUCCCGCCUAAAAAUAGUAGUUUGGACUUGGAGGGAAAUUCAACUCUUGCAGAAUUAGGAUUAGCACCAGCUGCCUUACUAACCAUGAAAGUUGAAACGGAUUUAUUAAAGGAUUUACAGGCUUCAAACCAGCCCUUAGUAAGACCAGAUGUUAUGGCCCUUAUUACUGAACUUAAAUGGAAUCCUUAA